AUGGGCCCCUAUGUGCCACCAGGACAGUCGCCGCCCUUUGAGGUCAUCGACGAAUACCACCGUGCUGCAUACAUCAUUAUCACGACGGCGCUGGGACUGGUGAUAUCGUUGGUGUGCUUUCAGAUUAGGCUCUAUGUUCGACUAUAUCUAAUUCCGCCUUUUGCACGAGAUGACUUUGUGUUAUUGGGGGCGACAGUACUGGCUAUAUUGCAGUCCAUACUGGUUUUUUACGCCUGUUCUAGAGGAUUUGGUACAUCGAUUACUUUGCUGGACGAAAGUCGGCUGAAUCAAAUUCAAGCACUAGUUGCGACAAGUGAUGUUUUCGCAUUGAUCAUCAUUUACCUUUCUAAAUGCUGUGUGAUUGCUAUCUACUUCCGACUCACUCCACAAAAACAACACAACAGAGCUUCUGCGGCUACGUUGGUUCUAUGUACAGCUUGGCUGAUUCCAGCGGUGUUUAUUAUUCUGGUCAACUGCGAGCUUAACAAGCCAUGGAGAUCACAAGGAGGGCAAUGCCGGAAUCUGUACCAACGUUGGCAGUUCAUUGCUGCCGUGGACGCGAUAACAGAGCUCAUAAUUUUCGUACUCGCCGUUGCCCUUCUAAAGGGGCUUUUUAUGAAUCUGAGGCGCAAGCUCACUAUUGGAUUUGCUUUCAUCUUCCGCUUUCCACUAAUAGUAUUCACAAUUCUCCAUAUCACAAAAUUACACGCAGCACUCGGUGAAACGGAUGUUACCGUCGCAGCGAUCGAACCGUCUCUCUGGCUUCAAGUCCAAGUCCAUUACGCACUGGUCGCUUGCAGCGUCUUCUGCCUUCGUCCAUUUAUGGCAGCCGUCAGCACAAACUAUGGGACCGCGGGGGACUCGACAUUAGAAAGCAGCGCAUCCAGAUCUCGCGGUACAAAAGAAAGCUCGAAAUCAGGAUCUAACUCAGGGUCAGGAUCGAAUUCACACUCAGCAUCGAGGUCAAUGUCAAUGUCGCGGAUACAAAGGAAAAGAGCAGGGACGGCGGCAACUCCACCUUGGUCUAAGUCCUAUGCGAUCCCACACUCCUCGUCGAAGGAAAACCUUUGUCAAGCCGGGAAUAUACAGCCCAUCAUUCAGGAUCCAGAGAUGCCCCGGAGAAAGCAGAAACAGGCUUCUCCCCAAGAACGAGAAUCUGCAGUCCGCACACCUCAACGACGAUCAAUGUUCCCUCUGGGUGAGCCGAGUAUGCCGCCGCUUCCGAAACCGCAGAGAGGAAAAGAAGGGACCAGGAGGCAAGCGCCUGACCAGUCCCUUUUAGACACCGAUGCAAUUGAACUCAUGCCUCAACUUCAUCGGCAACAUGGUCGCCAGCAGAGUGAGGUCACAGUCGAGAGUGACGAUUCCGAUAGAAUGGUCAUUCGGAAAGAGGUCGGCUACUCAAUUCAGUAUGAGUAUGAUGAUGCGCGUCGGAGAGGACAAGGGCCUUCUAAGAAGAGUUCCACUGAUGCAGUGGCUUACGUUUAA